AUGGCCUGGCAGCCGGCCCCAGAGUCCUUGAGCCAGCUGGCCGCUUGCCUCAAGGACUCGCUCAGCGGCUUCGACAAGAAUGCGCAGAAGCAGGCAGACCUGAUGCUCACCCAGGCAAAGUCCUCUCCCGACAUCAACAACUACCUCGCCUAUCUUUUCUCCAGCCCCGACCCCCCCUCCGGCGUACAAUGCUCCGCCCAGGACUAUCACACCGUGCGGUGCGCCGCCGCAAUGAUGCUGAAGAACAAUGUGCGCUCUAGCUACAAGCAGAUCCCCGAGAGCAGCCUCACCCUCGUCAAGAUGGCCGUUCCCAUGGGCAUCCAGGACAAGAACUCGCAGAUUCGCAACUUUGCUGGUAACAUUGCGACCGAGAUCGUCAGAAGAGGUGGCGUUCUGAGCUGGCCCGAACUGCUCCCCCAGCUUCUCAGCCUCAUCACCAACGAGAACGGCCAGGUCUCCAACGAGGCCCAGGAGGGUGCCAUGUCCGCCAUGGCCAAGAUCUGCGAGGAUAACGUCAAGGUGCUGGAGCGUGAGCACAACGGACAGCGGCCCCUCAACUACCUGCUCCCCAAGUUCAUCGAGGCUACCAAGAACCCACUGCCCAAGGUCCGCGCCCAGGCGCUGACCGCCAUCAACGUCUUCACCCCGCGCAAGUCCCAGGCCAUGCUCAACAACAUCGACAGCCUGCUGUCCCACCUGUUUGUGCUGGCCUCCGACCAGAACCCCGACGUGCGCCGCCAGGUGUGCCACGCCUUUGUCCAGCUCGUCGAGACCCGUCCCGACAAGCUGCAGCCGCACAUUGCCGGCCUCGUCGACUACAUCAUCACACAGCAAAAGAGCGACGACGAGGACCUGGCCUGCGAGGCUGCCGAGUUCUGGCUGGCCGUUGGCGAGCACGACGACCUGUGGCGCGCUCUGACCCCCUACCUGGACAAGAUCAUCCCCGUGCUGCUGGAGUGCAUGGUGUACAGCGGCGAGGAUAUCGCCCUUCUCGGUGGUGCGUCGGACGACGAGGACGAGGAGGACCGCACGGAGGACAUCAAGCCCAAGUUCGCCAAGAAGCAGGCAUCGCGCGCCGUCAACGGAGGCGACGGCCAAGCGGACCCCAACCAGAACGGCAACUACGAGAAGCUCUCGAGCAUGGACGACGACCUCGAGGAGGGCGAGAUUGAUGACCUCGACGACGGCGAUGAGAACCCUGACGAGCGCUGGACCAUCCGCAAGUGCUCCGCCGCGGCCCUCGACGUCUUUGCGCGCGACUUCUCCGACCCCGUCUUCACCGCCAUCCUGCCGUAUCUCACAAGCAACCUCAAGCACGAAGAGUGGCAGUACCGCGAGGCUGCCGUGCUCGCUCUCGGAGCCGUCGCCGAGGGUACCAUUAACGCUGUUACCCCUCACCUUCCCGAGCUCGUCCCCUACCUCCUGUCCCUCCUCGAGGACAACGAGCCCAUUGUCAGGCAAAUCACCUGCUGGACGCUCGGCCGCUACUCCCAGUGGGCCGCCAACCUGCAGGACCCCCAACAAAAGUCGACCUACUUUGAGCCGCUCAUGGACGGCAUCCUGCGUAAGAUGCUCGACAAGAACAAGAAGGUUCAGGAGGCCGCGGCUAGUGCCUUUGCCAACCUUGAGGAGAAAUCGGGCAAGGUCCUCGAGCCUUACUGCAUACCAAUCCUGCGCCAGUUCGUGCAGUGCUUCGCCAGGUACAAGGACAGGAACAUGUACAUCCUGUACGACUGCGUGCAGACCCUGGCGGAGAACAUUGGCCCCGUCAUCGCCCAGCCCGACGCGAUGAACCUGCUGAUGCCCGCGCUCAUCGACCGCUACCAGAAGGUCAGCGACGAUUCCCGAGAGCUGUUCCCCCUGCUCGAGUGUCUGUCGUACGUUGCCAUGGCGCUCGGGUCUGCCUUCACCCCGUACGCGCAGCCCAUCUUCACGAGAUGUGUCAACAUCAUCCACGUCAACCUGGAGCAGAGCCUGAACGCGACCAACAACCCCUCUCUCGACUCCCCCGACAAGGAUUUCCUCGUCACGAGUCUGGACCUCCUGAGUGCCGUCAUCCAGUCCUUGGACGAGGAGAAGAAGCAGGAACUGGUGCGAUCCAACGAAAAGACCUUCUUCGAGCUCCUCAGCUUCUGCCUCGAGGACCCCCAGGACGACGUCCGGCAGUCAGCGUAUGCCCUGCUCGGCGACUGCGCGAGAUACGUGUUCCCUCAGCUCGAAAACUACCUUCCCUCCAUAUUCCCUAUCCUUCUUAAGCAGCUCGACCUGGAUAACAUCCUCGACGAGGAGAUUGAUAGCGGCUUCAGCGUGGUCAACAAUGCGUGCUGGUCCGCCGGUGAGAUUGUCAUGACAAACAGCAAGAACAUUUCGCCCUUCGUUCCCGAGCUCCUCCAGCGAUUCGUAGAAAUCAUCUCCAACCCCGGGGUUCAGGCGGCAGUCUCCGAGAACGCGGCUAUCGCCCUCGGCCGUCUUGGUCUGCACAACUACGAGAUCAUGGGCCCCAUGCUGCCCACGUUUGCCGAGGACUUCCUCACGGCCAUGGAGCACGUCGAGUUCCUCGAGGAGAAGGCCACCGCCUUCAAGGGCUUCACCAUGGUUGUCGGCCAGAACCCGCAGUCCAUCGAAAAGGCCCUUCCCCAGUUCUUUGUCGCCAUUGCGCGGUACAGAGACAUCAACCUGAAGAACCCCAUCAAGCAUGAGUUGCAUGAACACUUCCAAAAGGUUAUCAACAUCUACCGGCAGCUGAUUCCCCAGUUCAACGACUUUGUGAACCAGAUGCAACCGCAGGAUCAGCAGGCACUCCGCCAGUACUAUUCUACAUGA